ACACACACAGAGAAGGAUCCGCAUUCAGAAAGGCGUGCACCUCCCCGCCUGAUCCCCACCUCGCAUCCUGCGGCUUCCCGAGCGUGCAGCGCCCAUUUACCAAUUGCCUUCCUGGGAGCUGCGGCCUCCCUCGCUCGGCCCCACUCCGGGUUACCCUUUCCCCAGCUCCCGCCUUAGCCAGGGGCCUGCCCGCCGGCAACUAGAGCUCGGGUCGAAGCGCCGCUCAACGCCGGCCUGCCGCUCUCCUGGCUCCACUUUCACUUUCGGUCCCGGGCGGCGAGGCUUGCGGCGGUGGCUGCGGCGGCGCGAGGGUGAGCCAGACCCCAGACCCCCAGGUAGUUAGAGCAAGAAGAUGGUAUUUCCAUCCCUCAAGUGGUCCCUUGCAACAAUGUCAUUUCUGCUUUCCUCACUGUUGGCUCUCUUAACUGUGUCCACUCCUUCAUGGUGUCAGAGCAGUGAAGCAUCUCCAAAAGGUAGUAAUGGGACACCAUUUCCUUGGAAUAAAAUUCGACUUCCUGAGUACGUCAUCCCAGUUCAUUAUGAUCUCCUGAUCCAUGCAAACCUCACGAAGUCGACCUUCUGGGGAACCACAGAAGUAGAAAUCACAGCCAGUCAGCCCACCAGCACCAUCAUUCUGCAUAGUCACCACCUGCAGAUAUCUAAGGCCACUCUCAGGAAGGGAGCUGGAGAGAGGCUGUCGGAAGAACCGCUGCAGGUCCUGGAACACCACGCUCAGGAGCAAAUCGCGCUGCUGGCUCCCGAGCCCCUCCUUGUCGGGCUCCCGUACACAGUUGUCAUUCACUAUGCCGGCAAUCUUUCAGACACUUUCCACGGAUUUUACAAAAGCACCUACAGAACCAAGGAAGGGGAACUGAGGAUACUUGCAUCAACACAAUUUGAACCCACUGCAGCUAGAAUGGCCUUUCCCUGCUUUGAUGAACCUGCCUUCAAAGCAAGUUUCUCAAUCAAAAUUAGAAGAGAGCCAAGGCACCUAGCCAUCUCCAAUAUGCCAUUGGUGAAAUCUGUGACUAUUGCUGGAGGACUCAUAGAAGACCAUUUUGAUGUCACUGUGAGGAUGAGCACCUAUCUGGUAGCCUUCAUUAUUUCAGAUUUUGCGUCUGUCAGCAAGAUGACCAAAAGUGGAGUCAAGGUUUCUGUAUAUGCUGUGCCAGACAAGAUAAAUCAAGCAGAUUAUGCACUGGAUGCUGCAGUGACUCUUCUAGAAUUUUAUGAGGAUUAUUUCAGCAUACCAUAUCCCCUACCCAAACAAGAUCUUGCUGCUAUUCCCGACUUUCAAGCUGGUGCUAUGGAAAACUGGGGACUGACAACAUAUAGAGAAUCUGCUCUGUUGUUUGAUGCAGAAAAGUCUUCUGCAUCAAGUAAGCUUGGCAUUACAAUGAUUGUGGCCCAUGAACUGGCUCACCAGUGGUUUGGGAACCUGGUCACUAUGGAAUGGUGGAAUGACCUUUGGCUAAAUGAAGGGUUUGCCAAAUUUAUGGAGUUUGUGUCUGUCAGCGUGACCCAUCCUGAACUGAAAGUUAAAGAUUAUUUCUUUGGCAAAUGUUUCAGUGCGAUGGAGGUAGAUGCUUUAAAUUCCUCACACCCUGUGUCUACACCUGUGGAGAAUCCUGCUCAGAUCCGGGAGAUGUUUGAUGAUGUUUCUUAUGAUAAGGGAGCUUGUAUUCUGAAUAUGCUAAGGGAGUAUCUUAGUGCUGAUGCAUUUAAAAUUGGCAUUGUACAGUAUCUCCAGAAGCAUAGCUAUAAAAAUACAAAAAACGAGGACCUGUGGGAUAGUAUGGCAAGUAUUUGCCCUACAGAUGGCGUACAAGAGAUGGAUGGCUUUUGCUCUAGAAGUCAGCAUUCAUCUUCAUCCUCACACUGGCAUCAGGAAGGCCUGGAUGUGAAAACCAUGAUGAACACUUGGACACUGCAGAAGGGUUUUCCCCUGAUAACCAUCACAGUGAGCGGGAGGAACGUGCACAUGAAGCAAGAGCACUACCUGAAGGGAUCUGACGGCACUCCGGACACUGGGUACCUGUGGCAUGUUCCACUGACAUUCAUCACUAGCAAAUCAGACACGGUCCAUCGAUUUUUGCUGAAAACAAAAACAGAUGUGCUCAUCCUCCCAGAAGAGGUGGAAUGGAUCAAAUUUAAUGUAGGCAUGAGUGGCUAUUACAUUGUGCAUUACGAGAAUGACGGAUGGGACUCUUUGACUGGCCUUUUAAAAGCAACACACACGGCAAUCAGCAGUAAUGAUCGGGCGAGUCUCAUUAACAAUGCAUUUCAGCUUGUCAGCAUUGGGAAGCUGUCCAUUGAAAAGGCCUUGGAUUUAUCCCUGUACUUGAAACAUGAAACUGAAAUUAUGCCCGUGUUUCAAGGGUUGAAUGAGCUGAUUCCUAUGUAUAAGUUAAUGGAGAAAAGAGAGAUGAAUGAAGUGGAAACUCAAUUCAAGGGUUUCCUCAUCAGGCUGCUAAGGGACCUCAUUGAUAAGCAGACAUGGACAGACGAGGGCUCAGUCUCAGAGCGAAUGCUGCGGAGUCAGCUACUCCUCCUUGCCUGUGUGCGCAAGUAUCAGCCGUGCGUACAAAGGGCAGAAGACUAUUUCAGAAAGUGGAAGGAAUCCAAUGGAAACUUGAGCCUGCCUGUCGACGUGACCUUGGCAGUGUUUGCUGUGGGAGCCCAGAGCACAGAAGGCUGGGAUUUUCUUUAUAGUAAAUAUCAGUCUUCUUUGUCUAGUACUGAGAAAAACCAAAUUGAAUUUGCCCUCUGCAUAACCCAAAAUAAGGAAAAGCUUCAAUGGCUACUAGAUGAAAGCUUUAAGGGCGAUAAAAUAAAAACUCAGGAGUUUCCAGACAUUCUAACAUUCAUUGGCAGGAACCCAGUAGGAUACCCAUUGGCCUGGCAAUUUCUGAGGGAAAACUGGAACAAACUUGUACAAAAGUUUGAACUUGGCUCAUCUUCCAUAGCCCACAUGGUAAUAGGUACAACAAAUCAAUUCUCCACAAGAACACGGCUUGAAGAGGUAAAAGGAUUCUUCAGCUCUUUGAAAGAAAAUGGUUCUCAGCUCCGUUGUGUCCAACAGACAAUUGAAACCAUUGAAGAAAAUAUCCGUUGGAUGGAUAAUAAUUUUGAUAAAAUCAGAGUAUGGCUGCAGAGUGAAAAGCUGGAAUUUCUGUAAGAAUUCCUCCUUUGGCCAGGUGCGGUGGCUCAUGCCUGUAAUCUCAGCACUUUGGAAGGCCAAGGUGGGUAGAUCACAAAAUCAGGAGUUCAAGACCAGCCUGGCCAAGAUGGUAAAACCCCUUUCUCU